UCGUACACUCUCAAAGCGAGCUCUUUUGGAUCCGCCCCCCUUUUUUUUUCUCUCGUUUAUAGAUCUCCAUCUAGGUUUUGUUGCGAUGGGAGCGGCGGUCCUCUCCGAUCUCUUGACGGAGAUCUUGAUUCCGGUCGCGGCGUUGAUCGGGAUCGUGUUCUCGCUGGUCCAGUGGGCUAUCGUCUCCAAGGUGAAGGUCUCGCCGGAGGCGCAGUCGCCGACGGCGCACGGUAGCAAGAAGAAUGGGUAUGGCGAUUACCUAAUCGAGGAGGAGGAGGGGCUUAAUGAUCAUAAUGUUGUCGUGAAGUGCGCGGAAAUUCAGAAUGCGAUUUCUGAAGGAGCUACUUCUUUCCUUUUCACGGAAUAUCAAUAUGUUGGAAUCUUUAUGGUUGCUUUUGCGGUGCUUAUCUUCGUCUUCCUUGGGUCCGUGGAAGGCUUCAGCACUGCAAGCCAACCAUGCACCUACAACAAGUCGAUGAUGUGCAAGCCUGCUUUGGCUAAUGCCAUCUUCAGCACUGCUUCCUUUGUGCUCGGUGCUAUCACCUCUGUGGUUUCUGGUUUCCUUGGCAUGAAGAUUGCGACCUAUGCCAAUGCAAGGACUACGUUAGAAGCAAGGAAGGGUGUUGGCAAGGCUUUUAUCACUGCAUUCAGAUCUGGCGCAGUGAUGGGCUUCUUGCUUGCUGCCAAUGGGCUUCUUGUAUUGUUCAUCACCAUUAAUUUAUUUAAAAUAUAUUAUGGAGAAGACUGGGAGGGUCUCUUUGAGGCUAUUACCGGUUAUGGGCUUGGUGGGUCUUCCAUGGCUCUUUUUGGAAGAGUUGGUGGAGGUAUUUAUACUAAAGCAGCUGAUGUUGGUGCUGAUCUUGUUGGCAAGGUCGAGAGGAACAUCCCUGAGGAUGAUCCCAGGAACCCUGCUGUUAUUGCUGACAAUGUUGGUGAUAAUGUUGGGGAUAUUGCUGGGAUGGGUUCUGAUCUUUUUGGCUCUUAUGCUGAGUCAUCCUGUGCUGCCCUUGUUGUUGCCUCAAUAUCUUCCUUUGGGAUCAACCAUGAAUUUACUGCAAUGAUGUACCCCCUCCUUAUCAGCUCCAUGGGCAUUAUUGUCUGUCUGAUCACGACUCUCUUUGCAACUGACUUUUUUGAAAUUAAGGCGGUGAAGGAGAUUGAGCCUGCACUGAAGAAGCAGCUCAUUAUCUCUACUGCACUUAUGACUGUUGGAAUCGCUGUUGUUAGUUGGGUAGCUCUUCCAGCUUCCUUCACUAUCUUCAAUUUUGGUGUCCAGAAGGAAGUGAAGAACUGGGAGCUUUUCUUCUGUGUUGCUAUUGGUUUAUGGGCUGGUCUGGUUAUUGGCUUUGUUACUGAAUACUACACUAGCAAUGCAUACAGCCCUGUGCAGGAUGUUGCUGAUUCUUGCAGAACUGGAGCAGCUACUAACGUUAUCUUUGGGCUUGCUCUGGGAUACAAGUCCGUCAUUAUUCCAAUAUUUGCCAUUGCCAUCAGCAUUUUUGUUAGUUUCAGCUUGGCUGCGAUGUAUGGUAUUGCUGUUGCUGCUCUUGGAAUGUUGAGCACAAUUGCCACUGGAUUGGCAAUUGAUGCUUAUGGUCCUAUCAGUGACAAUGCUGGAGGCAUUGCAGAGAUGGCGGGGAUGAGCCACAGGAUUCGUGAGAGAACUGAUGCUCUUGAUGCUGCAGGAAACACCACUGCUGCUAUUGGAAAGGGCUUUGCCAUUGGUUCCGCUGCCCUAGUGUCCCUGGCCCUAUUCGGUGCUUUCGUGAGCCGAGCAGGAAUCUCAACUGUCGAUGUUCUAACCCCUAAAGUCUUCAUUGGUCUCAUUGUGGGUGCUAUGCUUCCUUACUGGUUCUCAGCCAUGACAAUGAAGAGCGUUGGCAGUGCAGCUCUCAAGAUGGUGGAGGAAGUCAGAAGGCAGUUCAACACUAUUCCUGGUCUCAUGGAGGGAACUGCAAAGCCUGAUUAUGCUACCUGUGUGAAGAUCUCCACUGAUGCUUCCAUCAAGGAGAUGAUCCCUCCUGGUGCUCUUGUUAUGCUUACUCCUAUCAUUGUUGGAGCUCUCUUUGGUGUUGAGACUCUAUCUGGGGUCCUUGCUGGAUCUCUUGUCUCUGGAGUUCAGAUUGCUAUCUCUGCAUCUAACACUGGUGGUGCUUGGGACAACGCGAAGAAGUACAUUGAGGCUGGAGCUUCAGAGCACGCAAGAACUCUCGGUCCUAAAGGAUCAGACCCUCACAAAGCUGCAGUUAUUGGUGACACCAUUGGUGAUCCACUGAAGGACACGUCAGGCCCAUCUCUCAACAUUCUCAUCAAGCUCAUGGCCGUUGAAUCCCUUGUCUUUGCCCCUUUCUUUGCCACCCACGGAGGCAUCCUCUUCAAGAUCUUUAAUUAAGAUCGAUCGAGAUCAGAGAACCAAUACGCUCAUCAAUCCUUUUAUCUACAUCCCUUGUUAUAAUUCUUGCAUAUUGUUUGAGCAAUACUUUUGCCGUGCUCCUUUUUCACUUAUUUAGAGGUUGUUGAGAUGGUAGGAGUCUUUUUAGUUGAUGAUCACCUAAACUUCUAUGAUAGGUAGAUGAUGAUGAUAAAAUGGUGACGAGGGAAAAGAGAAUGAAAAUGUUCGGCUUUUGUGUUUAGUAUGGUUUAGUCAUUUUCUUUCUGCGUUUAAAAGGGAUGUUUACGUUGGAUCACGUGUUAUGUUUAUUGCCUGGAACUUCUGCAUCGAUGAAGUUGAGGCAGCGUUCAUGCUACAUACUUGAGAUUGAAUGGAUACUAGCUUGCAUCUUUGAUUUUAA